AUGGGCAAUGCUAAAUCUAGGAAUGAUUUCCAUCACAAAACGGAUAGGAAAAUUUCGAGGAAUUUAAGCCAACCACAAUUAACAACACAGCCAACAUCAUCAUCAUUAGUAGCACAACAAACAGCACAAAGGCACCCUAACUACCAACUACAGGCAGCAGAUCCAUUCGUUGUUGUGAAUGUUCAAGGCAGCAGAAGCACCACCAGCAAAGCAACUAGACGUGCAGUAGCUACUACAGCCAACGAACAAUCAGAAGGAGGAGGAGGUGCAGAUAUCCAAGAUAUACGACAACGACGACGACGACAACAAAAACCAGCUGAUAAUUCAGCUGAAAAUGUUGGCGUAUUAACAGAACCACAAUAUCAACUGAACCAACAGCAACAGCAGCAGCAACGUUUGAAACAGGCCUCUUUUUGGAGUUUGGGCAGUUUGAAUUGGAAUUUGUCCUUUUCCGGACGAAAUUCCUUUAAACAACGUCAAAAAUCUUCACGUAAAAGUUUUAAUACCUUACAAUAUAGCCGGCGUUCUAAAACACAAUGGCAUAAACCCCUUACAAAUGCCAUUUUCAGUUCACACUUUAAAGAGUCAAGUCGUAACGGAGAAUUUCAUAUCGAUCAUUUGGUAGCCAAGGGUGCCUUCGGUGUGGUUUUUAGAGUCAUUGAUAAGAGUGCCGCUGCCAUCGAUGCCUCCACAGUAGAAAAGAAAACGAUUUCUGAGCGCGAACAACUGAUUCAAAGAAAUCCAAGUGCUGAUAAUACCACAUAUUCCUCAACUCCUGUGUAUGCUUUGAAAGUUCUAAAGAAAUCUAAAAUUAUCUCAGAGAACAGUGUUCAACAAAUUAAAGACGAAGCUGAUAUCCAGAAAUUAUGCGGUCAUCAUCCAUUUAUAGUGCAACAAAUUGAUCUCUGGCAAAAUCGUCAUAAUUUGCAUAUAUUGUCUGAAUACGUACCCAAUGGUGAACUUUUCUCUAGAAUAGCCAAUUUCUCUUUACAACUAAUACGUGUCUACUUGGCUGAGAUAGCUUUGGCCUUAGAUUUCCUACACAACGCAGGCGUUAUAUAUCGUGAUGCCAAACCAGAAAAUAUUCUCUUAACCGCUGAUUAUCAUUUGAAACUAACCGACUUUGGCCUCAGCAAGUGGCUGCGAUUGGGUUUAACAACGAAAACUAUGUGCGGAACUUUUCAAUAUAUGGCUCCUGAAAUUUUAGGGGGUGAGGCAUAUACUCACUCCGUGGACUGGUGGUCUUUGGGCAUUAUAGUGUGUCAAAUGUUUAUUAAGAAGAGUCCGGAUAUUAGACAAUUUAUAACCAUCACCUUGCCCAAACAUCUGCAAUCCUCCAGCAGCAAGGAUAGUGUGGAUAAUGCCUUAAAGGCUGAAGGCGAAUGGCCUGAGGUUAGCAAUCCUACUAACACUUUGAAAGAGAUAAAAGAUUUCCUGCCGGAAGAAGUGCAAUUGUUACCACACGAAGCUCGUGAUGUCUUACAACGUCUCUUGGAAUUCGAUGGUCAGCAGCGUUUACAUUCAGUUCGAGCUUUACAAAGAAUUGCCAUGUAUAAGGAUUUCACGAUUGAUUCCAAAUAUAUUUUGAAUCUCCGUCCUUUGGAUAUAAUCGUUGAGGAUAAGAUCAUUCUUUACGAUUCCGAAGAUCAAAUGCAUAAUGAACAAGGUGGUAUAGAUGCUCACAAAGCAUUUCAAGAUUUUUGA